AUGACAGACACCAAGCAGAAAGCAACGAAAACUGAAUCAAGUUCCAGUAUCAUGGCAUUGGCAGGAUUAAGCUGCUUUCAAUUUUCCAUCUUGCUUCUCCUUUCAAGUCUUUUCUCCCCAACAAGUUGCCUUAGCCAUCAUCAAAACAACAAACAUGCCGCCCUCUUCAUUUUUGGUGAUUCCCUUUUCGAUCCAGGAAACAAUAACUACAUCAACACUACCAUCAAUUUCCAGGCAAAUUUUUGGCCGUAUGGUGAAUCUUUCUUCAAGUACCCAACUGGAAGGUUUUGCGAUGGCCGUCUCAUCCCCGACUUUAUCGACCUUAGCUUACCUACCGCCCUAGUAUUGUAA